AUGGGAGAAGAGAAAGCACACCAAGGAGUUUUACGUGGUUCUGCCGGUGUUUCGGCGGCCGGCACCUGCAAGCACUCUGACGCUCCAAUCAGUAAGAGAGUAAAGUCAAGGCCAUGUAUCAGUGAUGGGACUGAGUAUUUGGCGUCGGUGAAGGUACCCAGAUUUCCUCCAACCCAACGCUUGUUCUUCUACGAAUUACCCCCUCAUCUGGGCACCACCGCCGCUUUCUCCGACACCGUUCUUCCAAGAUUGAAGCAAUCCCUCUCUCUUACCCUCCAGAGCUGGACUCUUCUCGCCGGAAAUUUGGCUUGGCCUCAGAGUUCCGACAAACCGCUAAUCCAAUACUCCGACGGCGAUGCUGUCUCGCUCACCGUAGCCGAGUCCGGAGCCGAUUUCCGCCAUCUCUCCGACAAAUCAAGCUUCCGUGAAGCGACAGAGUACCAUUCUCAUCUACCAGAUCUUCCAUCUUCUCACGCGAGAGUUCCAGUUCUGGCUUUGCAAGUCACUCUGUUCCCGAACUCGGGGUUUUCCGUUGGUUACAGUGCGCACCACGCUGUGGUGGACGGGAAGACCGCAACCAUGUUCAUGAAUUCAUGGGCUUCGGUUUGUUCGUCUUCUAAUUCCAUGGCGGAUCAGCCAUUCUAUGGCCGGGCCUUUCUCUCUGAGGAUCAAGAAAGAGUUAUGCUAAAUAGGGUGCUGGAUCAAGGCGGACCAAACAACAAGAGUCUCAUGCUCAUGGACCUGAAAUCUCCGGGCGAUGCCGCUUUUGUCACAUUCCAACUCACACGUGCCAACAUAGAGACCCUCAAGAACUGGGUACGAGCCAGACUGGAGAGGAAUCAGCAGACUGAUGUUCAUUUGUCAAACUUCACAGCAAUCAGUGCUUUCGUUUGGGUUUGUUUAAUCAAGCUCCAUGGAAUGCGAGGAGGUGAGAAAGCUCAGCUUAGGUUCGCUGCGGAUUGCAGGGCUCGAUUAGACCCUCCUGUGCCUUCAACAUAUUUCGGGAACUGCGUUGUGGGUUGCUGUCCAACCGCAGAUGUGGAUGGCCUGCUGGGAGAAGAUGGAGUGGCCAUGGCAGCCAAAGUAAUCGGUGAAGCCAUAGAUGAUCUGAAACAUGCAGAUCUCAAAGCAGCCCAAGAUCUUAUAUUUGGUAGACCAUCAUCUCCGAUAUCGGUAGAUAAAGUUUUCUCCAUUUCAGGGUCACCUCGGUUUGAGUUCUACAAGGUCGAUUUUGGGUGGGGGAGACCGAGGAAAGUGGAGGUGACGUCCAUUGACAGAACUGGAGCUUUCUCUCUUUCAGAUUCCGGGGAUGGCACCGCCGCUGUUGAGAUUGGAUUGGCCCUGAAGAAAAAUAAAGUUGCAGGUUUUGCUUCUAUGUUUGCUAGUGGCCUUGAAGCUUUUGGAAGGCCAUAGAAGUUGCAUUACUAUCUAAUAAAGUUAAAAUAGUAUUUAAUAGAAAUAUAUAAAAUAUGCAAUAAUAACACGAUGUCUCAUAUAUAACACUUGGGGAAAUGUUAUUUGUAUGUAGAGCUGUUAUUCUCAACAGGUUUGGCGAUUGAUUUAGGCCAAUACACUCGUCAGAUUUGGUGAUCGAUUUAGGCUAAGCUACCUUUGUCAUCUUUUCUCCACAACAGUCCUCUCAAUGCUGGACAAGAUCAGAGUAGACGUGGCAAAAGAUGAAAUCAGCGGGAGAAGAUAAUUCGCAGACGCGACAACCAACAGACUCGAAGAAGACAAGUUGCAGAUGUGACAAAAAAUGAAAUCGGGGCAACACCUACCAAAUCCGACAACGGCGGUGACCAACAGAGGCAUCGCCAUGACCAGAACGAGUGACGUGUUGUUCAUCAUCUUGCACAAAUAAAUUUGGAUUUGUGAUUUUUAAUUUUUUUUUAUUUAUUUGUAUAUUGGAUGAGUGAUAUUGUACCUGGUUAUUGA